AUGGAGGAAUCUGCCAUGAAGAGGAAAGUGGACAAGGGUACAUCUGUAAAUGCAGUUGUGGAUGGAAAGGAGACAAUUGCGAAAACAAGACUUAUACAGGUACCCCCUAAAUUUAGAAACGUUCUUCAUUAUACAUUUGUGGCUUAUGUUUAUUCAACUGUGCCAUUCUUUUCCAAGCUUGUGAUUCCAGUCCAUGUCUCAAUGGAGGAACCUGUUUUGAAGACAAAAGCGGAGAAGAGUACAUCUGUAAAUGCAGUAGUGGAUGGAAAGGAGACAAUUGCGAAAAUAAGACUUAUGCAGGUACCCCCUAAGUUUAGAAACGUUCUUCAUUAUGCAUUUGUGGCUUAUCUUCAUUCAACUGUGCCAUUCUUUCUCAAGCUUGUGAUUCCAGUCCAUGUCUCACCCUGAAAUUUCAAGACACGAACCGGUCAAAAAUCCGCGCUACAACAUUCACUGUUUUGAUGUUAUGCUAAUUUUUCCAAAUUAAUGCGGACAAUACAUAUAUCUAUGACUAGUACAUUUCAGUGUGAGUAUUGUCAAUGUUUUACAUUCAAAAGAUGCGAUAAAUUCAAACUAAAAUGUACUAGUCAUGGAGGUAUGUAUAGUGCGCAUUAUUUUGGAAAAAUUUCCAUAACUUUAAAACAGUGAAUGUGUACGUUGUAACGCAGAUUUUUGACCGGUAAGUAGGAUAGAUUUGUCUUGAAAUUUCAAGGUGUUGCAGUGAAUCAAUCUUAAUGAAAGUUUCAGACAUUGUUACAUACAUUGUAAAGAUUAUGUGAAGAGAUUUUAAAAAAAUUCGUUUGAGUAGUUUCAGAGAUAUACAAAAAGGCGCUAAAAGUCCAAAUUUUGAAUGAAGUUGCACUUAUACAAGUAGUGAGAAAACGGCUUAGCUUUCAAGAUCGCAAGAACGAAAAUACACCAAAAUUUCCUAGCAUCAAAAUAUGAUAUUAAGAAGCAUUCUGACGCCACUUAUUAAGAAUAAUUUGAGUCAAUUAUGACGUUUUUAUUAAAUCAUCAUCACGGCUAUUGAAAAGUUAAGGUUUGAAAUUUUUUUUCGUUUUAGUCGAAUGCAAACAUACAGAAUUUUUUACUCCUUACGGAGAUAGUUUGCUAAAUACUAAACUUUAAUUUCCUGGCGUUAGAUUUUCACUAGCUGGUCUAGAUCACACAAAAUCCGGCUUUUACCAGUUUCAGAUUUUUUUGUUUAUUGUUGUCAUAGUAAUAUCGAUUUUACUUAAAACUGCAUUUUCACAAAUUUCAAUCCAUAGGCAAUUACUUGUGAAAAUUUUAUAGCGAUCGGACAAGGAAAAAACGACUUUUAAGGCGGUUGAAAAAUAUCGGUAUGGCCUCUAAAAAACUGUAUCGAAACACCUUAACCGCGGUCGGAAUUUAGUAAAAAGUUGAAUUUGCUGAUCAGUAGUACGCCCACAAGUAUUAAGCUCACCAGCACGAAAGUAUCGAGCUAACCCGUUUCAAGGACGACCCGCAACAGAAGUAAGUAAAGCAUGAUUGUGAAAUUAGAGUUUCGAAUUGAGACAUUACCAGUGAAAUUAUUGUGCUAGAAAUUAUAAGCAAGCUAAGUUGCGUAAUCUUAAAUUGUAUUGCUCUGUUUCAGAUCGAAUAAUCAAAUCAAAUCAAAUCUAAUCCAAUCUAAUCCAAUCCAUUCUACUUCAAUUCUAGUUUAAUAAACAAACGAUUAUACGAUAAGUGGUGGUCGUUGGAGUUUGGCUCAUGAUUUAGUCCCGGGAUAGAAUAAUAAUAAUAAUAAUAAUAAUAAUAAUAACAAUAAUAAUAAUAAUAAUAAUAAUAAUAAUAAUAAUAACAAUAAUAAUAGACACAUAAAGCGCGGUAACCACUAAUUUCUCAAAGCGCCGUACAAUAAUAUGGUAAGAAACUAGAGUUAAAAACUAUUAUAAGAUAAAAUAAAGUUAAAUGAAGUUACUAAAAUCAAACAUCGUAGUCUAAGUUAAAUAAGUACGUCUUCAACUGCGACCUGAACUGGUCGAAAGAUGUAACUCCCCUGAGUUCAGGAGGCAAUUGGUUCCAUAACCUAGGAGCAGCUGCGGAAAAAGCCCCAUUUAGUGCAUGUCUACGUGAAACACCCCAAUCCUUACAUUCUUGGCCUAGAACUAACCUAGCGCUUAAUGACAAUUUUUCAGGGCCUUGUGAAAUUCAAAGUCCAUUUGUCAAGGUACACAUAAUUAUUCAUUUUUAUAGUUUUAUAUGUACUUACAUUUAGUAAUCUUCAUCAAUCUUCUAGAGUGGCUCUAAGGGGUGGCGUUGGGGGGAGGGGCUGAAGUUUUUGAAAUUUAGUCAUGUUUGUCGACACUUCAGAUCACCCUUAAAUUACCAUUGGUCUUUCAAUAUACUGUUAGGUCAAAACAUCUCUUUGCUUUCCUCCUGGUGUCCUGAGUGUAAUUCAUUGAAAACAAAACGCCGCUGCGAAAUUUACAGGACUGAAUGGGGUUGCUGUUUUAAAUGUUAUUUUUCCGUUGUAACCACAAAGUUGUAUUAGGAGUUGACUGAGUCUCCAGAUUAAAGCUAAUACAAUCAACCUAUAGAAAAUUUCUAGAACUCUGUUUAACAGAAAAGCGUUAUGUGUUGUCGAGGUACCUUCACUCAGAACCUCAUUUGUAAAAUAAGCUUUGCAUGAUUAAGACAAUUUUUUCCCGACUUAGGGCUGUCACUCAGGCUGGAUGCUGAUUGCUCGGUUCUCCAAUAACGACGGCAAAAAUUGGAUGGCUGACAGUGGUGAUUGGUGGUAUGACCGAAGUAGUGCUUCUGGAGCAACAACUGAUCCGUCAGUUAACGCUGACAUGAUCUCACCAGCAUUUUGGCUGCUGAAAGGCAAAGAGUUUAAAAUCACGCGCAGUGAUGACUCCAGUCACACGCCACUGUUGCAGACCACGGGCAACUGUUUGGGUGAAAAGACAUUCCGAUCAAAAAUCACAAGUUAUGGCGACUUUAGAAAUGGCAAGGUGUGGUCCAGUGACAGGUGCCUGGGAAGCUGCACGGUUCAAUAUGGCGGUCAGUACAAGACAACAGACGGGUUUCAACAGGCACAGUGUAGUAGCAACAUCCAAAGUAGCAAUAAGAUCGGCUUCUGGUGUGACUGGGGUAACCCGUAUGGGGAUGGAUCAGUGAUGAUGAUUGGUGGAGGAGGAAGUAGCUGUAAUCGUGCUGAUCACGGGAUUGGAAUAACAGAACAAAAUUCGGCCUCUUUUGUAGAACUAAGCAGUCGUGAAACUGAAUAUGACUUUGGUAAUAACGCUCUAACUGAGAGAGGUAAAACCCCGCCAUCGCGAUCCUACUCAUUAAACUUAUGGAUUCGUUGA